UGCUCUCCCCUUGCAGGGCCAGGGCUGCUCCUGUGUCUGUGCUGGGAUGUGCAGCUCCCUCCCAGCAUGAGGGGGGGAUUCAGGGUGUUAAUCCCAGUUCCUUGUGGGUUUAUUCCGUGUUUGGGCACUGCAUUGAGUCGGAUCCAGGGAAGCUCCUUGGGAAACAGAGAGCAAAAGGUGACUUGGGCUGAUGGAGCCUGUCCCAGGCUCUGGGAUCCAGCCCCUCCUCACCCACCACUGUCUCUGCUUUAGUUCCUUGGCUUUCAAAUGGGAUUUGCAGGAAGGAGGAAACGAAGGGAACUGAGAUCCCAGGUGAUGCUUUGCCUCCUGUGUGGAGAAAAAGGACUUUACAGCACUGGCUUCAGCAUUCAGCUGGUAACUCCAUCUGUGUGUGGCACCAAAAGGGGCAGGGACCCGGCUGGGGAUGGGUGCUGAUGGCUUCUUGUGCUGCUGUGGGGCUCUGCUUGUGGGCAGGGAGCUGAAGGAAGAGUUGGAAGGUGCUGGAGAGUGAUGGCCUUAAGAGAGUGGGAUGCUGUGAUUGAGAAAACAAUGUGGGAGCAGGAGGAGCCUUGGCUCCGUGUCUGGAUCCGGGUGGGAUGUGUGGGGAAGAGCAGCCCCUUCCCUGUCACCAAGGACUUUGUUGGACCCUGCUGGUGAGGAGAUAAAGGAGAUUGCAGGAGCUCUGCGGGAGGAGCAGCAGCCUCAAAGGGUUAAGAGAUCCGCAGGAGCCUGGAGGGAUGCUCCCACCCUCUGCCCAAUCCCUCGUGGCACUGAGCACUCCCCAGAUCAAAGGCUUCAAUCGGCCAUCGACACCCCCUGGCUUCAGGUCCCCAGCUGCUCUUUGUCUGCAGGAAGGAGUGGAGCAAUGUGGCUUGUCCCCAGCUUCCAGGCCAGCCUGGCCUGGGCUCUCCUCGGUGUGGUGCUGGGCUCCCAGUUACGGCUGCAGGAAAGCUUGCUGUUAAAAUCCCUGGGUUUGAGCAGCAAACCCAGCCCCAGAAGCCACACUCCUGUGCCCUCGGUGCUGUGGCGGAUCUUCCAGAGCAGGAAAACGCUGCCUUCCACCAGCAACGACCCGGGAGCUGCCUGUAGGGUGGAGGAAUUCAAUGUCCCCGGGAACAUCAUCCGUGUCUUCACUGACCAAGGCCACUUCAUUCACCACGGGCAGCCCCCGGGGCUGCUGUGCCUGCAGAAGCGCCUGUACUUUAACCUCUCCGUGCUGGAGGAGGGCGAGCGCUUGACCAUGGCUCAGCUGGAGAUCAAAUUCAGCCACAACUCCUACCCCAGCCCCGGCCAGGGGCAGGGCUUGGACCUGAGGCUCUACCGCAGCUCCCGGCUGCCUCUGCAGGGGACACCGGCCCCCGAGCACGGCCAGAAGCUGCUGCUGGAGCGUUCCUUUGAGCAGCUCCACAAGGCUCUUGUGUUUGACCUGAGUGGGGUGGCAAGGGACUGGAGAUCGCACAGCAGGAACCUGGGCUUGAUCCUGGAGAUCGCGGGGAGCAGCGGCUGUCCCGGCAUCAACUCCUUCCUGGACACAUCCCUCCUGGUGGUGACCCUCAGCCAGCAGCAGUGCAGAGCAUCCAGGAGGAGGAGGAGUGCUCAGUCCAUCCCCAUCACCCCCAGCAGCCUCUGCAGGCCCCGGCGGCUCUACAUCAGCUUCAGUGAUGUGGGAUGGGAGAACUGGAUCAUUGCCCCUCAGGGCUACCUGGCCAACUACUGCCUGGGUGAGUGCCCCUUCCCACUGACCGCCGAGCUCAACAGCACCAACCACGCCAUCCUGCAGACCAUGGUGCACUCGCUGGACCCCGAGGGGACCCCCCAGCCCUGCUGUGUCCCCGUCAGGCUCUCCCCCAUCUCCAUCCUCUACUAUGAUAACAGUGACAACGUGGUGCUGAGGCACUAUGAGGACAUGGUGGUGGAUGAGUGCGGCUGCAGGUAGUGGCAUGUGUGCUGCAGGCCCAGCUGGAGCUGUGGAUGGGUGCUGGAAUAAAUCCAAGUGUGUUAAAUCGCCCCUGUGCUGGUAUUGAGGGAGUUUCCCAGUGGUGCAGCCCUUCCGUUGAUGUAACCUCCCACUGGAGGUGCCCUUCUCUACAUGCAGUUUGGGGGGGUUCUGGCACUAAGGGGCAGGUGCUGGAGGUGUGAGUGAGUAGGAGCUGGUUCAGCUCCACCGCACCUCCUACGGGGUUAUGAUCGGCUCUGGUACUGGUUCCAUACCCUGUUCUCCACGGGUGAUGGCAGCAUCAGGCUGGGAAUCCCGGACCACUGGUGCUUAGGCUGAGCUGCUGGUGCCAGCGAGGAGAGCACAGCCACAGGGCUGCUGCUUUCCAGCUUUUUGGUUGAAUGCUGUAGGUUUGUGCAAACAGAAAUAGCUGUUUUUAGUGAACUGCUGCUAGUGCUGCCCCCGGUGCUGUACUGCAGGGAUGGGAUGCAGCAGCUCCAGCCCUGCUGCAGGAAGAGAUAAUGUUGUCACUGCC